UUUCGGUAUUUUUCUGAGGGUUAGACGGUAUAUUUUUAUUGAUAAGUCCGCUGUCACAGACUUUUUCCAGGGAUUUCUAAUUCGCAGAAACAAUAAAAAUAAAUAAAAAACCGCGCGGUCGUAAACAGUGUGCCAUCUUGUAGAUGGAAUCCCGUUGGGAAUACGUUGAACGCGACACGACCUAUGGAAAUAUCGCGCUGUCCACACAGCACAACGUCGCGCCUCCGCCUUCGCCCGUGCCGUCGCCACCUCCGACUCGACUCGACUCUGCCCAGUGCUUGUGCUUGGGGGGACUCUAGCAGCAGAGAGCACACAGGUCCAGUUUUGAACACAUAGAUAUAUAUUGCAAGUUGCAUACGUCGCGUCGUGUGGAUUAUGUCAUUUAUUUAUAAAAACACAAAGGUACAAAACCGUUGAAUGUUGCACCAAAAAGCAGAGAAAACCUGUAAAAAUGUAGACUGUGUGUCCGUCUCUCUGCGUGUGUGUGAGUGAGUGUGUGCCGCAGAUAAUGGAUGUUUUAGUUGUGGCCGUUUAAAUAUAUACAUAGAUAUAGAGAGAUAUAUGUACAUACAUAGAAUAGUCCGUACGCAAAGUAUAUGCGUCUCAGCACGUCGCCGAUUCUGCGAGCCCAAGACCGAGCCCGACCCCAAGUGUCCCCUUCCCCGGAGUCCCCAGGGGCCAUUGCGCGCGAGCAAUGCCGCUGCCCCUCCUCCGAUCUAGCAACAGCUCAAAGAAUCCAACAAUUUUGGAGUAACUAAAAAAAUAUCAACAAAUGGCCACAUUCACUGGGAACGCCACCAGCAAUGCCGCGGAUGUCCUGAGUUCCUCGGUGGCCGCUGCCACAGCAACAGCCACAUUUCUAGUGCCCACCACAACGACCCAAGCAGCAGGAGCCCACAUUGGAGUGCCGCCAUCGUUGCAUCUUGAUCAGUUUGGGGGUUAUAUGAGCACGGGGGCUGUCACGCCGCUCCAUCACCACCAGCAGACCAACUCCUCCUACACCUUUGUGCAGAUCAAACGCGAGCCUUGCCAGGUAUCCGAGAUUAGUUCCAACAAUUGCCAUCAGCAGCAGAAUCAGCAUCAGCAGAACCACCAGCCGCUAAACCACCACCAGCACCACCACCACCACCAGCAGCAGCAGCAACAGCACCACCACCAGCAGCAGCAGCAGCAGCAUCAUCAUAUUCAAUCAUCAUCUGCAUCGCUCACAGCCGCUGGCCUGGGCACAGUGUCCUCCUCUGUAACCGCAUCAGCCACUUCCAAGACCAUGUCUUCGUCCACACUAACGACUCUCGUUAAGAUCGAGGCACCAUCCCCCAAAGUGUCCGAUCUAGAAAAGUCAAAUGGCAAUGGCAGCACAAGCAAUUCCGUGCCCAUUGGUAUUGCCGUGGCCCGGAAACGGCCGCAGGAAGCCCUGGUGUCGGCACUGACCAACCCGGCAGCGUUGCCUCUGCAGCAACCACUCAGCAAGGACAUGAACUGCUUCGGCAUACGCGUCGCUGACUUGAGUGCCACCAGUUGCGGCAAUCUGUACUUCACGGGCAACGGCGACCUGAUGACCACCGGCACGGCCACAGCGGAGGAUCUGAACCGUACCCCAUCGACAUUCUGGCAAUACCCGAAUGCAUUACCCAUUGAAUCAGUGAUUUCCAUGUCCCCCGCCACGGUGGGCCUGCAAUAUACGCGGGAGGCCAACCGCGGACAGGUGGUGCUGCUGCCGGCCGCCCCAGCAGCGCUCGCAGGCAUAUCAAAUUUUCCCCUCUUAACGCCCACAGAUCCGUUCCAGCAGGCCGCGGCGGCUGCGGCUGCCACAGCCUUUGUCUGGCCCUCCUACAUACCCCAGGCGACAGCUCCGGGCGGCUCUGCGGCCGCUGCCGCAGCGGCUGCUGCUGCUGCCGCCCUCCAGCCGCCGCCCAACUUGUUCUUCAACUCGAUGGGCAUGGGUGGCCACUCGACGCUGGGCCCCACGCCGUCGUACGCCUCCACGCUGCAGCUGUACCUGGCCGCGGCGGCCAAUGCGUCGGGCAGCUCGACCCUGUGCCAGCACAGCAGCAAUCAGCAGACGAGCAGCACCACCACCACCAACUCCACGAUCAACCUGAGCCUGGCAGCGGCUGUGGCGGCCAGCGCGGGGGUCACGAGCAGCACCAGCAGCCUCAGUUCGAGCAGUUCGCGGUUCCUCAGCCUGGCGGCUGCGGCUCAGUCGACGCCCAUUGGAUCGUUGCUGUGGCCGCCGCAGGGCAUGAAAGUGGAGGACUAUUCGACGCACCCUCCACUGCCGCUGGCCCUGCCGCCGCUGGUGCCGCUGGAGACGACAACGACGCGCGACAAAGAGCAGGCUCUGAAUCUGAUGCGUCUGCCCACGCCCCCCACCUCCGCCACCAUGGAUGGGGCCACGGCUGCUGCAAUGGGAACGGGCCAUCCGAUGCAUCAUCAAAUGUUUCAGUCGAUGCCCGGCCACUCCGCCGCAGCCACGCCGGCGCUGCUGAAUCUGUCCAUGCAUGGCGCCGCCAGUGAAAUGUCUGCUGCCGGCACACCCAUGCCUGGUGGUGCAUGCGAUGAGGCGGCGGCGGCGGCUGCGCUCAACUUUAAGCUGCACGCGCCCCUGACGCCGCAGACGCCGCCCCGUCUGCCGGAGGUGGCAAUGCCACUGUCCCAGGGGUCCCUUCUGCCGCAGAUGCAGGAUGUCAACAUCCAAACGGACACGCCCGUGUGCAGCGAGGACGAGAGCUUGAGCUACCCCUGUCCACCCCUGACCAGGACGGGAGUCAAUGAGCCAAUGACAGAGGAAGCCCUGACGAUUUCCCUGGUCCAGCCACUGGAACUGACCAAACCCAGUGAAGUGCCAACCGAGUGCCAUACCCAGACCCAAACCCAUGCCCAUACCCAAUCCCAGACCCAGACACAGACCCAGAACCAGUCCAAUCCAGUGUCCAGUGACAUUCAACCCAGUGCCAGUCAUGAUUCGGCGGAGCAGAUCCCUCCCCCGCCGGCCAUGGAAACACCACAGACAGCGCCCGAAGAUCUGACGGGGCUGGAGCUGCUCUCGAACAUCAGCACCAAUAGCACACCGUUUGUGCGUGUGAAACAGGAGCCGAUGGAGCACAUCGAGCACACUGCACACCCGGUGGCCCCUCCGCGUCCGCCUUCGAUGCCGCUGCAGCCCGUGGUGCCGCCGCAGCCAAUGAUGGAAUUGGAGACGACUCCGCAGGAGCCGUUGGGCGGCCUGAAGCUGCUGUGCGCCUUGGCCGAGCAGCGUAUCCAGGAAGAGGUGGUGCAGGGCAGCAGCCUCUUUGCCACGCCCUAUUCGCGUACGCCCAGUCCCACGCCGACGCCGCCAGCAUCAGCGCCGGGCACGCCCACGCCCACGCAGAAGCACAUGCACACGCACACGACUGGCGGUGGGCCAGAGGGAAAUUCCUGCUUUGGUUUUGUGCCACCACCAGCAGCAGCAGCAGCAGCAGGAGGAGGAUCGGUGUUCUCCUCAUCAUCUUCCUUUCAAAUGCCAUUAAGCUCGCCAGCAUUUCCAUCCAUGCAGGGCAUUGAGCUGCCCACCACGUCGCUGCAGUCCGUCGAUCCGAGCCCCACGAAGCGCAAGAAGCACAAACAUUCCAAGUCCUCGUCCACCGAGAGCCGCAAGUCGGCGCGUUGCAGCAAGAAGAGCAAAAAGAAGCAUCGGCGGAGCAACAGCCGCCAGCAGCAGUUUGAGCAGCCGUCGCCGAUGGAUCUCGAAGACGCUGACAUCCACCUGCACGACGAGGAGCUGCAGUCGGAGCUAAAGAACGCCCUGCAGACUAUGCAUCCCUCUUAUGCGCAGCGCUUUGGCAACGAGGUGUUCAACAUAAUGGACAGCAGCAUGCGGAUGCGUUUGGCCAACGUAUCGCGUCAGUAUCGCAAGACGAAGAAGAAGCUGGACGAGAUAUCCAAGCUGAAGAAGAAGCGAAAGGCUCACAAGUUGCAGCAGCAGCAACAGCAGCCAGUCCAGCCAAUCCAAUCGCCGCUGCAACAGCCACAGCUGACGCUCAGCUCAACGCUGUCCAGUGUCCUGGGAACUUCAUCACCGCUGCGCGAUUACAAAUUCCCGAAAUUCUCAAGCAGCAACCUGCAAGCGUCGAGCUUCCUGCGCUUCCCGGAGAAGACGACACACUCGUUUCCGCCACCGCCGCCGCCCCAGCAGCCACAAUCAGAGCCCAGUCCCUUGCCGAAUAGUGGCUCAACAAUUACCUCAUCGUUUGUACGCCUCGAGCCCUCGGCGCUGGACGCGGCCGUUGCACCGAUUGCCCCCAUAGCUACCUCCAUAUCCUCCUCCACAUGCUCCUCCCCGUCGGCUGCGGCGCACAAGCAAUCGGCGUCCGCCUCGCUGGUGCGCAGGAAGCGGAAGCUUAAGGCGAGCGACUCUGGUGUCGGCGACAACGGCAACGGCCCAACGGCCCCCACAGAGACCAAGCGAAGGGCCAGCGCCACGGAUCGCGAGCUGCAGCUGACCAGCGAGCAUCUGUACCGCGACGAGACGCGCGUUCUCACCGACAUGGGUGGGCUCUUCUAUGCGGGCGUGAUGAAGCCGCUGCGACCGCCAGAUGUUUAUGCCAUUACGCUAGACGGAGAGCGCGGCAACAAGUCGCAUGUGAUGUCGCGCGAGGAUAUACUCAAGGAUACGAUCCUGGAGCUGGCGCCCAAGAGCGUGGAGUGUGUGCCGGUGGGCACGCGUCUGUGUGCCUAUUGGAGUCAGCAGUACCGAUGCCUUUAUCCGGGGCGUGCCAUUGAGUCGGAACCAGCUGUGGAGGGAGUCCCGACGGCGGCAUCAGGGGCAGGAGCAGGUGCAGCCAGCACGCCGACCCAUACGCCGGACUUUGUCAGCGUGGAGUUCGAUGACGGGGACAGCGGCAGGAUCCGCUUGCAGAAUAUACGGCUGCUACUCAGCGACUAUCCCAUAGCAGAGUACAACGAUAAUCCCCUCUACUCAGUAGGCAAGCAGAAGCGCGGCGCUCUGCGCAGUGGGGAGAUUGGUGGACUUCGCUGCACUUCGCAGGAGCCUGCCCACAUUUCCGGCUGCGAGGACUCGCACAGCCAUCACAGUGCGGUCAUGAAUAGUGAUAACACCACCUCACUGGCUGCCACCAUGGAGCUGUUCACUCAGCGCAGCGAGAAGAAGCGUCUGAAGAAGAGCCUCAAGAAGAUUUCGAGGGCACAGAAUGGCGCCGCCGGCGGUAGUGGUUCCCUGGCAGUGGCUGCCGCCUCGAAUGAAGGCGUAGCCGAUCUAAUCACAUCUGGAGAUGCUGGAGGCGGCGUCGAUGAGGCCGCCGGCCGUAAACACCAUAAGCACAAGAAACGCAAGAAGCACAAAAAACAUCACCGCAAGAACGGCAGCGAGGAGCCGGAACAACAGCAGGACUUUUCAACGACAGCGGAGGAUGUUCCUGAGCCGACGGCGGCGGCGGCUGUCCCUGCGUCAAAUACAAACCGUGUCAAGAUGGAGGUUAAAGUGAAGACGGAACAUUUGGAUAUGGAAGAGGAGAGUGCCUCCAAUCUGAUGUCUGAGAUAUCCGAUGAGGCCAAGGGCGAGGAUCUGGUCGAGCAUAACAACUCUAAGGGUAGCAGCAAGAUAGCCGCCUUUCUGCCGGAGCGGCAGCUGUGGGGUUGGAAUGGCGUUGCCUACCGCAAGGGGGGCGUCAAGGGCCGAGCCAGAAAGCAAUUUUACAAAACAAUCAAAAGGGGCAAAGAGACCAUCACGGUCGGGGACAGUGCAGUAUUUCUAUCGACGGGCAGACCGGAUCGUCCCUAUAUCGGACGCAUUGAGUCCAUGUGGGAGACCAGCACAGGCAAUAAGGUGGUGCGAGUGGCGUGGUUCUAUCAUCCGGAGGAGACGACUGGCUGCCCAAAGUUGAAGUAUCCGGGUGCUCUGUUCGAAUCGUCGCACGAUGAUGAGAACGAUGUGCAGACCAUUUCGCACCGGUGCGAAGUGCUGCAGUUUGGGCACUACUUUGAGAAGUUCGGUGCCGAUUCGAAGCAAUAUCAAUCCAUAUACGAUAACAAUGAUACAUAUUAUUUAGCGGGGCACUAUAACCCAAGGUUACAAGUGCUAAAACUACAAGACGAUAUUCCAACUCUCGAAGAGCUGCAGGAUACAAAUACUACUACUACAACUACAACUACAACUAUUGAGGAUUAAGCAGAGUGGACGAUGAAUCAUGGCUAGGCAUGGCAUGAUUAGGCAUAGUGCAUACAAAACUAUAUAUAUACAAUAUAUAUACACACAUUAUACAUUAUAUUUUACUAUACGCGCGGAACAGCAGAAAAGAGAAAGCAUAUAUAUACCUAUAUGUAUACAAAUAUUAUGUACUUCUAUAUAUAUUUUAAAUGUAUUAUGUAGUUCAACAAAAAAAACAACAAAAACUCGGAAAAAAACAAACAAAAAAAGGACAUUUAGCAGCGAAAGUAAACGAGAGAGUUAGAGAGAGAGAGAGAACAAGGUACUAAGCAACAACCACUAAAAUUUAUGUGUAGUUACGAGAAGCGCAAGCAAUUUUAACUAUAAUUUUUUGUAUAAAGAUGCUGUAAAACGCGCCAGAGAACGACGACGACGACAAAAGAAGAUUCACUGAAUGUUCAUGAAUGUUUACAACAACAAAAAGAAAACGAUAUGUGUGCUCCUGACUUCCUUACAUACAACACACAACACCCAACACCCAAUCCACACUAAACACAACACCCAACAUAAUACAAUUUACAGCUCCUAAAACGGAUACGAAUACGGGAUACGGAAUACGGAAAUACACUUGUUAACGAAUGCGUGUGUAUACCGACAUGUUUCAGAUGAAAUUUAAAACGUGUUUUAAUGAUUUUAAGCAGGCAACAUGCAGCAGCAGCAACUACUACUAUAAAUGUAACAAUUCAAUGUGAUAGCAAAAGAAAACCAGAUGAUGUUGAUGUGUACAGAGGAGGAGAGAGUAUAGGCAUAGGUUGAUUAAUUUAGAGAACAGCCAGGCAGAGAGGGUGUACGUGUACCACUCGUAUGUAUGUGCGGAAUAUUUACAGCUCGUUUAUUCAAGAAGAAUCAGCAACAGCAACAGCAACCAUCAAAUCAAACACCUAUCUAUAAUUAUAUCAAUAAACUUGCCGGAUAUACUGAAC